AAAUAUUUUUUUAUUCAAGUAGAUGAAACGUGCUUUAAAAUUUAGCAUAAUAAAAUUUUAUCAAUUAAUAUUUGAAAAUAUUUUAUUGAUAAAUCGAAAAAUAUAAUUUAAUAAAUAUUUAAAAUAUUUAACAAAUUUUUUUAAUUUCUUAUAUGUAAUAAAAAUGAUGGACAAAGUAGAAAAUAGACUUAUCAUCUUAUGAUUUCAUAUCCAUUUUUUGAAUUACUAAUCGUGCAAGAAAUCAAUUGAUACACCACUGUGAUCUUAGUAGAAUCUUUGAUUCAUCGUUACUAACGGAUGGAAAGCUAUUGAAUUAUCAAGUGGCACGAUAUUAUCUACGAACGAUAAGUAUCUCGUGUUGAGUUAUUUUUAAGUGUUAUUUUUUCUAAUCUAUACAUUUUUCUUUGUACUUCAAUCUCUUCUUUUUCAGAAGUACAGCAUCAAGAAACGAAGAAGUAUAAAUACGUCUGUGCUUAACUGUACAGAAACGAACAUAAAAAAGAAUAGAAUCAACAAUUAAAAGAAGAAGAUUCCACCAAAAAAAAAAAAUAAAUAAAUAAAUAACGAAAAAGAGAAAAAGAGAACUAAUAAUUAAAACUAUAAUUUCUGUAUCCAAAAACUUAAAUAUAUAGAUAAUAUAAAUAAAUAUCUGCUCAUUUAAUCUAUUCUACAUUUUCUUCUACAAUAUAAUCAGUUAAUAACAUCAUAAUUAAACAUUGUGUAAUUACAUUGUGUAAUACAUAAAUCUACAAUACUUUCUUCGCUCCUUCCAAAUAAAGCGAAGAUUUCAAAGCGUGUCUUUCGAGCAAGCACGUUAUCGCAAAAAAUAAAACAAUUAAAGGUUUCACAGAUUCGUUUAAUAUUUCACAGAUUUUUGAUAACGUUUGUUGGAAUUCGAUCGUUAUCACGUAUAAAAUCCUUGGGUGCGAUAUCGUUUUGCGACAGCACGGACGUGAAAAUAUCACGGAGCAGGCAUCAAACGGUGGUUCAAGGCUGACCUGGUAUAGGUACUUAUUGUAUCAAGUCUCGUUAACGGGAGAUGUUCAUUCACUCGCGCUCACGGAUGACAAGUGCGGUUCGUGGAACACGAGGCGGCCGUAUUGACCCGUGUCACGGCGCGACACGGAGGUGUCAGUGAGAGUGCGUUUCUUUCUACGAUAAAAUGUGCAUAAAUCUGUGUAAUUGUCGCGUAAUGAAAACUCGAACUGUCGUGCAUCGACACUUGUGAUAAAUAUGGCAGCGCUCGUUCGUCUUAAACGUGGGAGCGUUCAGUUGAGACAUGCGGCGCUUGAAAUGAAAGCGGCUGUACGAGCGCGACACAUCGUUGCUGCGCUUGUUGCAGUUGGAUUUGCACUUUGUGGCGCGGUGGAGGUGAGCUCCUCGGUUGCAUUACUUGCCAAUCAAAAAGACAAUCAUGCCAUCAUUGACACAUCGUGGCAUUGUGAAAUGCUGGUCAAUAUUAGUAGUCGUAAUCGCACGGAAGACUUUGAAGUUAUAUUAAUGGAGUUACCACCCGAAGAACGUGCAGAAUCUAUAAUGAGAGAAGCGUUUUUGUGGGGACAAGUGGCAGGCCCGAUUUUAGGAGGAUGUUUAGUAUGGGGAAGAUCAGGCCCAUCUAUGGUGUUCUCACGUGCUGUUCUUAGCGCUUGCUUGGCAUCUUUAUUGGUACCAGCUGCAUGGAGAGGCCCGUCUCAUGUAGCGCUUCGUCUGUUUCAAGGAUUAUGUACAGGUGCAACUAUGCCUGCUGCUCACAUGCUCGCUAUGACUUGGUUUAAGAGCACUCAUAGGAGUUGGUACUUCAGUUGUUACGCUGCUGUCAGUGUUGGAUACUGUCUCACAGGAUGGAUAGGAACAGCCGUCGUCCGAAGUUUUGGACGAGAUUCGCUUUGUUAUGGUCUCGUUUGCAUUGCACUAUGUUGGUACUUCUCUUUUGGUCGAUUCGUCAAAGACACACCAAAGUCCUACCAGCACGACACAAAUGCAGCUGUGAUUCCAUGGGGGAAAUUACUGCGAUCUGUUCCUGUUUGGGCAUCCGCAGUGGCAACGAUGGGAAAUCAAUGGGGCGAUGCAACUCUCGCUCUUGGUAUGACGAAAUAUCUGAAGCUCAUUUAUGGAUUCUCAACGGCCAAUGAUUCUGUGUUGACGACGUUACCUCACAUUGGACAUUUCAUGGCUGCUUUAACAUGUGGUCUUCUCGUGGAUCACGUUCGUGAAUCGAAAAUAGUUUCUACGACCACGGCAAGAAAAUUGGUCGUUUAUACUGCUCAUUUUAUACCAGCUGCCCUGCUUUUCGUCGCUGGUUACGCUGGUUGCCAGGCAUUAGGGGCAGCCUGGUUAGGGAUAGCCGCCCUUCUCGUAUCCGGCACUGCACCAGCAGGAGCUUUGGCGGCCAUAGCUGACCUGGCUCCUGUAGAAUCUCCAGCCUGUGCAGCGGCUGCGUGUGCUUUGUGCUCGACUUUAGGCGCGGCAGGUCUAUUGGCCGCUAAUUAUUUUGUCACUCAAGCUCUUCAUGGCUCUAUAGCCGGCUCGUGGCGACUGGUAUUCGGCGUCGCCUCCGUCGUUCUGUUAACGACUGCCGCGGUUUUCUUGGCGCUUGGAAAAGGCACGCCGCAACCGUGGAUACCUUCCGUGGCACGGCCACGGAGUCACGAUGCAAUUUACGAGCAAGACGCGUUGGAGCUCGAUUACGAGGACGUGGCCGUGCAAACGGAACCUUUCAAUCCUUAUCCGCUCGAGGAGGACGCCGAAAGCGCGAGAAACGUGCCUCGUUCCGCCUCGGUCCACUCGGAAGUUUCGCAGGCGUCCACCUAGAUUCACGGUCAUACGUGAGAAUUUCGAUAUUCAGUUCAGUAUUUUUUUUUUCUUUUUGUAUCUAAGGAUUACGUUUCAUAUUUCGUUAAUAUUUGUACAAAAUAUCGAGGAAUUAUUUUAAAGCGACUGCGGAUGUUUAUGCAAAUUGUUUAAUUAUUCGUGCACGUUACACAUUCACGUCUGUUCAUUCACUUUUUGUGGUUGGAGUGAAACGGUUGUGUGACACUAGUCAUAAAUUCAGAAGCGAAACCGAUCUACUUUAUCGAAAAAUUUUUCCCAAUUUUAGCGCUUAAGUUUUACGAAAUUGGAUGGUCGAUCUUUAUCUUUCUUAAAUGUUCUCAAGAUAUUCGAAUAUUAAAGGAAUGGAUUGAAAUAAAUUAGAAAUUUGAUCGAUUUCGCGUUAUUAUCUUAUUAAUUAUUCACUUUUAUGUUAGCGCAAUAAAUACGCUUGCGUAAAACGUCAAAAGUAAA